GACUGCAUCGCGAAGAAAAAAAACCUCACUGUCGUGCGCUGGCAAUUGCCUCUCAUCCUAUUUUACAGUAACAAAAAAAGAGAUUUUCUUUCCUAUUAAACGAAAGCAGAGUCUGAUGCAAUGGGUAACUACCUGCCCAGUUCUCUCUUCUCGCCAUAAAUUACGCCUGGCCGAUGACUGCCACAGCCAUUGUGGGUUAUCUCCUGUGGUGACUGCGGACUCAAGAGUUUUCAUCCCGGCUGCAUCUCAACACCCACUGAUCUCACCGUUCCAGCAAAUUCCGCCGCCAGCGUAAACUCACUCCUCUUCCCUCCUUAUUCUACUUCUAAGUAUCCCCUGAACCCCGUGCAGACCUGCUGGUGGAGCCAGAAUGGAGGAAACUUACAAUAACAGGACUUCCCUGUCCAAGGGGGCCAAGGACAUUGUCAAGGAGGCCAAGCGGCAUGCAAAAAAGAAAGUCAACAAGGUGGUGGACCGCGCCACAGACGGGUACUCGUCCCACCACAACUACAGCCGAUUCGAGGACGACGAGGACGAAGAUGAGGAUUUCUACCGGAACCCGCCGAGGCAGGGCGGAGAGGGCAACCAUGACAACGAGGAGGGCUCCAGCGAUGCUACAGAGGGCCACGAUGACGAGGAUGAGAUCUAUGAGGGCGAGUACCAGGGGAUCCCCUCGGAUAGGAAGCAGAAGGAGGGCCAGGUGGCACUGGGACAACCCAUGUCUGACGCCUCAAGGGACCGCAAGGGUCUGGAGGAGGAGAGGCAGGCGGAUGAGGAGGAGCUGGCCCAACAAUACGAGCUGAUCAUCCAGGAGUGUGGCCACGGGAGGUUCCAGUGGCAGCUGUUCCUGGUGCUCGGGCUGGCGCUCAUGUCAGACGGGGUGGAGGUGUUCGUGGUGGGCUUUGUGCUGCCCAGCGCAGAGACAGACAUGUGUGCGCCCAACUCCAGCUCGGGAUGGCUAGAAAAUCGUUACUAA